AUGGCAUAUGCUAAAGACAUACUCUUUCAAGCUGGAAUGGCAGAUUGCAAUCCCAUGCCUACGCCACUUCCACAACAGAGUGACAGACCUGAUACGAGACCAUUCUCUGAACCUACUUAUUACAGGAGCUUGGCUGGUAAGUUGCAAUACUUAACUAUCACACGUCCUGAUCUUCAAUACGCUGUGAACUUUGUAUGUCAAAAAAUGCACGCUCCGACCAACUACGACUUCAGCAUGCUCAAAAGGAUACUACGGUAUAUCAAAGGAACUAGUGACAUGGGUCUCCCAAUCAAGAAGCAUGGCAAUCCCACUCUUUCAGCCUUCUGUGACAGUGAUUAUGCAGGCUGCAAGGAUACUAGACGGUCAACAGGAGGGUUCUGUAUCUUUUUAGGCUCCACACUAAUAUCCUGGUCGGCCAAGCGACAGCCUACAGUUGCUAAUUUCUCCACUGAAGCAGAGUACAAAACUCUCUCUAUUGUCGCCAAAGAACUUACAUGGAUCUCAUCUCUGCUUCGUGACAUUGACAUAUCUCAGUACCAACCAACAAAAGUCUUCUGUGAUAAUCUCUCAGCGGUAUAUCUAUCUACCAAUCCAGCUCUUCACAACAGGACCAAACAUUUUGAUAAAGACUUUCACUACAUUCGUGAACGAGUGGCUCUGGGGUACAUAGAGACACACCACAUUCCGGCACAUCUCCAAAUUGCAGACAUCUUCACCAAAUCAUUGUCAAGGCCAAUGUUUGAUGAUCUUUGUCGCAAACUUGGUGUGUCCUCUGCUACGGCAUCGCCCACUCCAAGUUUGAGGGAGAGNAAGUGUCGAGUAGGCGGGGAUUGA